AUGGCACCACCCAAGGUACAAACCGUGGCGCUCGCGGGUGCAACCGGCAACGUUGGCAAGUGGACUCUGAAAGCCCUGGUCGCGGAUGGCUUCCGCGUGACCGUUCUGGCUCGCAGACAGGCGUCCUUCCCCGACGGAGUGACUGUCAAGGUGGUCGACUUCGGCUCGUCCGACGCCUUGACGGAGGCGUUGAGAGGGCACGACGCCUUUGUCGACUGCACGCUCGUCCACGACGACACCCCGGCGCGGCUCAUGGACGCGGCCGCGGCGGCGGGGGUCUAUCGCUACAUCCCGUCGGACUUCAGCCUGGACCUCCACAACCGCAACGUCCACGAGCUGCCCGUCUUCUUCCGCAAGGACGCCAACGACAGGCGCCUCUUCCGGACGUGCGAGGAGACGGGCAUGACCUGGAGCGUCGUCUGCAACGGGGCGUUCCUGGACUGGAACCUGCGCUCCGGCUUCAUGAACAUCGACGUCCACGGGCGGAGGGUUGACUACAUCGGCGACGGGGCCAACGUCCACGUCUGGACGACGCUCGAGGCGGCAGGCAAGGCCGUCUCCGGGACCCUGCGCCGCGCCGCCGAGACGGAGAACAGGCCGGUCUACGUGCACUCCGUCAACAAGAGCCAGAGGCAGAUGGCGGACCUCUGCAAGGAGGCCCUGGGGGGGCCCGACGACGGCUGGGAGGAGUCGCAGUCGGACAUGGACGAGGUGCUCGCCGGGGCUCUGCGGGAAUUCCACGCCGGCAACUAUGGGUGGAACGUCUUCGGCGACAUGAUCCGGUACGCCAACUCGAGGCCGGACUUCUCGUGCCCCUGGGAGAAGAGCGACAACGCCUUGUUGGGGGUCGAGACGAUGACGGACGACGAGGUGAAGGGGUUGAUCAGGGCCAUUGCGGCCGAGAAGACGGCAUCAGCUUAG